AUGCCGCCGGCGCGCACCUUCGCCGAGGCGCCGCCCUUCCCGCCGACGGGCUCGGCGCCGAGGUCCUCGAGGUCCAAGCGGCGCACGGAGGCCGCGCCGCCCUACAAGCCCACCCACGAGCUGAUGGAGGACAACGCGCUGCCCUCCAGCUUCGGCACCACCAUCACCCCGAACGGCGCCACCACGGACAAGGGCUCCUGGAUCGUGUCCAUGUCCAAGAUCCCGGUGGACACGGUGCAGUCCUUCUGCCGCCAGCACUGCCUGCCCGGCUCCAAGGGCGAGGCCGGCGCCAUGGGCCCCCCCGGGGUGCGGGGCGUGGAGGGCCCGCGCGGCGAGCGGGGCGACCGCGGCUACCCCGGGGAGCAGGGUCCCAAGGGACCCAAGGGGGACCUGGGCCGCGAAGGCCGCGCGGGGCUGGACGGCAACGACGGCGUCCCCGGGGAGCCCGGCCUGGACGGCGUGCCCGGCAGGAACGGCAACGACGGCUCGCCCGGCACGGACGGCAAGCCCGGCACGGACGGCAUCCCCGGCAAGCCCGGCGUCGACGGCAAGGACGGUCGGCCCGGCCUGGGAGGCCCUCCGGGGGCGUCGGGGCCGCCCGGGGUGCGAGGGCUGCCCGGGCCGCGAGGGAAGGCGGGCACCAACGGCACCCCGGGGCACCCCGGCACGCCGGGCAUCUGCGUGUACCGGUACAAAGUGAACGGCCAGUACGCCAACGCCAGCGAGUUCCUCAUCCCGCCCUCCAUACCCGGCUCCGGGCUGCUGGCCCCGCAGAGGCCCAUCAUCGUGGAGGAGGGCAAGAACGUGCGUCUGCGGUGCGCGGCCACGGGGCACCCCAUCCCCACCGUGGUCUGGAGCAAGGUGCCCGGCGGCGUCAUCCCGCUGGGCUCCUGGCAGGUCAACUACGUCACCAGCCACACACUCAACAUCACCAGGAUAACGCGCGAGCACAUGGGCGAGUACAUGUGCAUCGCCAGCAACGGCGUCCCGCCCGCCGCCAACCAGACCUUCAGGCUGGAGGUGCACUUCUCGCCGUUCAUCCACAUCCACCAGCAGGUGCUCGGCGUCAUCCUGGGCUCCACGGCGCGCCUCGAGUGCGAGGUGGAGGCCUUCCCGGAGCCCGUGCUGUACUGGGAGGGCCCCGGCGGCAGGGCCAUCGAGGCCGGCGACAAGUACCGCGUGGACAGCACCGACCCCGACGGCUACAAGAUCACGAUGCGGCUCAACGUGACGCGCAUGGGUAGCGCGGACUUCGGCCAGUACAAGUGCUACGCCAAGAACAGCAUGGGGCUGGUCAUCGGCGACUUCCACGUGCACGAGAGGGACCCGCGCCUGGCCACGCCGCCGCCCCUGCAGGGAGGCCGCGGCGCCGGGGUGUCCUUCGGCAACCAGUCCCCCAAGCUGCAGUCCGAGGAGGACCUGUGCCCGCCGCAGCCCCAGUGCCCCACGUGCCCCGCCAACGGCACGGCGCACGGCGGCCACGUGACCGAGAUGCGCUGCAGCAGCGCGGCGCACGACUGGAGCAGGAACCUGCACUCGGACGGCCUGGAGCUGCCCAACGGCACCAAGUGGCUGGGCUACCCCAGCAACAGGACGCUCAACUGCAAGCUGUACGUGGUGGGCAAGGCCGUGUACUUGGUGUACACCAACGAGGCGCUGGGCGCGUGGAUGCGCGACCCGAUGCCCGUGACGGAGGCGGCCGGCGAGCAGUUCUGGGUGACCAGCCAGCACAACACCCAGGUCCUGUACGAGUACGCCAACAAGACGGCCUUCAGGGAGAGGUCGGGCGCCAAGGAGAUCCGGCUGCCACAGCCCUUCGUGGGCAACUCCCACGUGGUGUACAACGGCAAGUUCUUCUACGCGUCCACCAGCGGCAAGCUGGUGCGGCUGGACCUGCAGAAGGGCGACUGGAAGGAGAUGCAGGUGCCGUCGCUGGGCGAGAAGCUGUACAAGGGCAAGUACAACUCGAUGGACCUCAACGUGGACGACAACGGCCUGUGGGUCAUCUACAGCCUCAAGGACUCCAACAACACCGUCGUCAUGAAGAUGGACGCGUUCAGCCCGGACCUGAACGCGCAGUACGCCUGGAACAUCAGCAUCAACAACCACCUCGUGGGCGAGAUGUUCAUCGUCUGCGGGGUGCUGUACGUGGUGGACAGCGCCGAGGACAACAACUCCAACAUCAGGUUCGCCCUCGACCUGUACCGCAACAUGGUCCUCAAGGACGUGGAGCUGUCCUUCACCAACCCCUUCGGCAACACCACCAUGCUGGGCUACAACCACCGCCACAAGGAGCUGUUCUCGUGGGACAAGGGCAACCAGCUCACCUACCCCGUGCGCUACCACGAGAUCGACGACGACAAGGCCGGCAAGGAGGACAAGGGCGAGCCGGAGGCCAGCGCGCGCGUCGAGACGGGGGUGGACGUCCUGGACUCCAACUAGCGCACGCACCUCGUCACAGCAGCGCCGUGUUCUCGGCCUCGUCGUCGUCGUCCAGGUCGUCGUCGUCCAGGUCGUCCCACAGGUCCAUGAGCGUGCUGGCGGCGCGGCC